AUAUAACUUUUUAUCUUUGUCUUUGUAGUUACUCUCUCUGGCGCAAGGGGAAAAUUAUUUGGGUUGGAAAGUGUGUUGAAAAGAUCGUUUCAUUGUGACGAUUUGUUAAAUUUAAUACUAACGCGAGCAUUUUCAUAAUAAUAGUGUGUGUAAAAAAAUAACUAGUAGUCGGUAAAUGGCUAGCUAAAGUGCUACAAACUGGGGUCAGAAAUGACGGUAUGUUAACAACCCCACAUGCAGCGGGUUUUUUGGCUCCUGGUUAGAAGUUUAAAUUCCUCUUAUAAACCCACCUGCGUGGUAACAUCCAACCAUGAAACUCAGCUAAUGAGUAGCUGCAUCGCCAGUGUUUUCUUCGAUUUCCCUGUGAAAUUGUCACACAUGUCAUAUGUGAGAACAACUCUGGCGAGGAGGUAAGGACGUGGCUGGACUCGCAGGCCAGCAGCCGACCAGGAGCUCACCUGCUGGACAUCAGCUGGUACACAGAGAGCAUGCGUGCAGGUCAGCCGGUGGAAAUUCUGGACAGACAUAAACUACAGCAGGAGCUGCAGAUCAGUGAAGCAGAGGUUAUCAUGUUCUCAGUCCCCAGCUACGCCUGUCAGAGAAGGACCUCGCUGGAAAACCAUAACACCCCCCUCACUGAAGCUUUGUCACUUCUGGCUGAAAACGCAGAACUCAGUGAGGAUGACGGGCGAGGUGUGGCGUUCCGCCGGGCCGCCGCCGUGUUGAAGGCGCUCCCCUCGCCGGUGACGAGCAUGUCGCAGCUCAAGGGGCUGCCCUGUUUGGGGGAGCACUCACUCAGAGUCAUCAAAGACAUUUUGGAAAAUGGAUCAUCGAUUGAGGUAGAGUCCACCAAGAAUUCUGAGCGGUAUAAUGCGUUAAAGGUGUUGACGGGUAUUUUUGGAGUUGGAUCAAAAACAGCCGAGCGAUGGAUCAGAGCGGGGAUACACAGCCUUCAUCAGUUACAGGAUUCGGGACAAACGCUGAAUCGAGCUCAACAGGCAGGUCUGGAGCACUACGAUGACAUCAACCAGCCGGUCACUAAAGCAGAGGCUGAUGUUAUCGGGGAGAUUGUAGAGAAAGCUGUUGUUUCUGUGUUACCAGGAGCUCAGAUCGUUCUGACUGGAGGAUUCAGGAGAGGGAAGCUGACGGGUCACGAUGUCGACUUCCUGAUAACGCACCCAGAGGAAGGCCGAGAGGUGGGACUGAUGUCUAAAGUGGUCUCCUGGCUCGAGUCAAAGGGCUUCUUGUUGUACCAAAAAACUACUAGAAACUCUUACCUAGAGUCCAAAGACGGUCCAGGUCGGCCUGCCUCCAACAUAGACCGCUUUGAGAGAUGUUUCUCUAUCUUCAAACUGGCCAAGGAGAAAGAAACCAGAACCAAGGAUCCACAGGAGGUGACAGAAAACAGAGUAUCAGCAGAAACGGAUCAAAACCCAAACUCAGACAAACUCAUGAACAAGCAGACAGACACGCCGUGGAGAGCUGUGAGAGUGGACCUGGUGGUCUCCCCCAUCAGCCAGUUUGCUUUUGCUCUGCUGGGCUGGACCGGAUCCAAAUUGUUUGAGAGGGAGCUGCGGCGCUGGGCGGGGCACGAGAGGAGCAUGUCUCUGAGCAGCCACGCUCUGUUUGACAACAAAAAGGGUAGAUAUCUGAGAGCUUCGUCGGAGGAGGAGAUAUUUGCUCAUCUUGGUCUGGAGUUCAUCCUUCCAUCAGAGAGAAAUGCCUGAAGAGCUCCUGGAGGCAUUUUUCUAUUUUUCCACCCAAAGCAUCUUUGCAGUGAUAGAUAAUAAUGUGCCUGAAUGGAAAAAUGCAAAGGAUAUGAAUAUAAUGUAAAUAAAAGAAAAUUGUACAAAAAACAAAGAGAAACACUGCAAGGGAAAUGAAGCCGAUCAUCAUUCUGCUGUCUGUGCUGCUUGAAUUCAUGUGGAUUUCACUUCAAGUUUAGACCAAAAAUCCCACGUUAACAGCAGCAAAGUUCCCAAAAUAACUAAAAAUAAUAACAACAAAAGUUUACUGUCCAUUUUUGGCAAAUUUUGCUUGUCUGCACCUCCCCAAUUCUCACUUUAAAACCAAAAAAAACCCACAAAUUUCUCACUGAGAUGCUCCUAAAAUAUAUAUAUAUAUAUAUAUAUAUAUAUAUAUAUUUUUUUUAAUUGUCAGUUUUAUUCCAGUGACCAAAGACUGAAAAUGAAAUGACAGCAGAUGAAGAACAAGCAGCGUAGUUCAGCUCGCUUUAAUAAGUUUCUCUGCAUGUGUCGUCUCUCCAUUUUGUUUUGUGUAAAAGGAACAUGGGUGUUGGGUGGUUUUCCCCUCAAACACCUGCGUAACAAUGACCUGCAUUCAGCAGCAUCCUGAUUGCCUUAUCUGAACAUCCCCAACGAGCAAAAACCACACAGCUGUACUCAGAUCCCACUGCUGGAUAAAAAACUGAUGGGUUUUACUGCAUUUUAAAGGAAAAAAUGAUCAUUUUAAUGCGUUUGUAUUUACAAGCACAUGUAGUGACAGACUGCUUUUUAUUUAAAUAUGAUAAACAAAAGUGCCUCUGUACUAAUUAUAUAAACCUCUUUUUAAUGCUUCAUAACCAUUAAAUUGUGAUCAGUUGUUUAAAAUAAAGAAAAGUAAUUCAUUUUUAUUCUUAAGAAUAAAACAGGGUUUCCUUGGCUGAUUUCUUCAGACAUUACAGCUGCACAUGCUGGCUUGUGACGUAUCUUUAGUUCUUGAGUCACAUGCAAACAUGUUGUAACUUCCAUCGAUGCAGCAGGAGGUGCUGCACUUGAACCUGCUACCAUUGAUCUUGCUUGGCUGGAAGUUUAAGUGCAAAAUUGCAUUGGGGUAUGCGUCUGCGUUGCUCUCAUCUUCCGCUGGGGGACUGACGUGCAGACAUAAACCCUAACAGCACAUAGUGCUCAGAGCUCAGCCAAAUGCUCAUUGGUUGCUACUAAUAUUUUAUUCUUUAUUAAAAAAAAGACAAAUAUUUGAAGCAAUUUGUGUUUGACUUUGACUGCAGGAUCUUUAAAUAUUCACCCUCACAUGUAACACCCUGUAGGUUUUAACAGAAUUCCUCAUGUUAAGCAGCAGAAGCAGAGGUUUCCUGGCACUGUAUGUUUGUCUGUUUGUGUGAACUUGCAGACAUUUGCUUCUUCCUAACAGCCUCAUUAACCUCUAAAUACCACUUUAACAUCAAAGGCGGCGUCACAGCUCACACCUCAGCGUCCUCUGGUGUCCACGCGCUUCUUCAUGAAGUGGCUUUUCUCCAGCUCACCUCAACACUUGGAUGUGACGUGAAAGAUGUUAAAACACCAUACCUGGCAGGAGAUGCUGUAUGAAGGGAAGCUGGUUAUAUUUUAUGCAUCUUGGAUCAGCUUUGACACUGAAUGUGUGAACCAGAAGGAGAUUUGGCCCUGCAUUGAGGACCUGGACUGCUCUAAGAACAGAAGGAUGUAGUUUGUUUCAGUGCAAAUUAAUUUUACUCUGUUUAUGUUUACACCAUAAAACUUCCACUUUUUUAUUUUUAAGAAAAAAAAGGACUUGCACUGUUAUUUAUCAGAAUAGUUGUGGACUUGUUCCAGUUAAUUAUUAAUUGGUUGUGAUUUAAUUAUAGUACAAAAAAAGUCCCGAUAAAACAGCAAUGAAGUAAAUUUAGUCAAAUGUUUUAGUUUGUGCUGCACAACAUUUCUGAGAAAAAUAUUCAACUUUCUUUUUAUGGUUGCAGCUAAUGUAAAAUAAUCAGGUAAUAAACUAAUAUGUAUUAACUAUGAAAUGCUUUCGAAUAAAAACUUGCACUGGAGAAUAACUAUGGCUGUCUGGUAACUUAGUAGUCUACAAUUUAUUCAGAUUUAAAUUUUUUAAUUACACAAAGUGUUUGCAAAUAUUUGUGAGGUGAAGGAGUAAAUAACUGUAAAAGGAGUGUCCUUAAUAGAUCAGUUCAUUGUUUCAGCUCUAACGCAUUCAUUUUUAAGCAAAACAAUGCUGUAAAAGGACUUUUUGGCCAAGUUUUGUUCCUCAUUUCCUACACAGCUUGCCCUUUUAUUCAUACCAAUUUUUCAAGAUUGUAAAUUCAUAUUUUAUGUAACUCAACUUAAGCUGGCAGAUAAAUCCAGAGGCGUAAUAGACACAAAAAUCCCUCUAAAAUGUAGGUGGGAGGACAUAAAGCAGCAUAAUGUUGAAGCUCUUCAGUAAAUGGGCUCAAUUACGUAACUUUAACAAUCACAUUAAUCAACAUACAGCAAAAAUACUUCAUGAAAAAUAAUCAAAAUCCUGUUUUAGAAAAAGUACAAAAGUAUUUCCUCUGCAGUAAAACAUCCCUGCCUCUGAUAUUUUGUUAUAAUUAACUGUAUCUGCUUCUGAUAGAUUUUGCAGAAAACUUUAAAGUUUGUUGUAAUUGUUGCAUAU